GUUUUAACGAAAGCGCGACCCUCAAAAUAUCUCUUGGAAAUGUCAAAUCCCAUACAAAUUUCAAAUCAAAACAUGCAGCUUCCGAAUCAACCCCUAAAUUUUUGUUAGUGUUAUCAAAUGUUUUUCUGGAAUGUUCUAUCUUUCCACAAGGUGUAAUAAAACUAAAAAAAGUAAUCUGGAUAAAACUAAUAUUUAAAUUGUCAGUUUGGGGUUUAGUUCGCAAUACUAUGAUAGUGAACUAACUUUCUUCAUGAUUUUCUGCAAUAUCAUCAAUUGUGCUAUCUAUUAUAUGAAGAUAUCAGCAUUCAUGUCCUCAAAGUAGUCACUGGAAUAAGUAGAUUCAAAAAUCAAUAAACCAGCAUUUUAACAAAACCAUUUGACCUGCCAAUAUGUACUAUCAGCAAUCCAUGUCUUUUUCCUGAUAGUAGAUUUGAAAGAGUGGAUGUAUGUAAUAAUUUCCAUUGAGUACUUGAGCUCCGGGUAAUCCUUAUCGUCUCGAACAGUGAUAAAAACUGUUCAAAAAGCACUUUCCUUCAAAGUCUUCGUUAAGAAUUAUUUUCUGUUUGAAAUAAUAGUUUUACCACAGCUGUACGUGCUGUUUUAAACUCGCUACUGUCAUAAACACUUCCACAAGGUUCAGUUCAGUUCACUACAACACUAUCAAGCUACAAUUAUUUACAUUCAUUACACUAAUAACUAAUAAUAACUCGUCUAAUCGCUAAGAAUAUGGAAUUGGUGAAUUGUUGAAAAUUCGUUAGUUAGUGAUGUGAUUAUGAAAUUAUUAUUUUGUUGUAGAAAUACGGUGUGCAAUGGUGAACAUAAUUUUAAAGAACUGUCGUUUUAGAUUAACAAUAGAAAUUCCUUUACUACUAAUUUAUUUCACGUUCAUGCUUAAUGUUUCUGUUUUUGUGAAUCUAACAAUGUAUAAAACGUGUUAUACUUUAAUGGGAUAUCCAGAAGUGAAUUGCUCAAGACUAGGUAGAUAUACCGAUAAAGAAACGGAGAAACUGGAAGGAAUAGUACAACCUUUGGCUUCAUAUGUGACAACAACUACUGAAAUGGUUCCAAAUUCAGUUCCAUUCAUACUUUCAUUAAUAAUUGGUUCCUGGUCUGAUAAAUAUGGAAGAAAACCAGCUAUGAUGUUCGUAUCCUUUUGUAUCUCAUUAUAUUAUGGAAUCACCGCGAUUAUAAUACUAUUCGAUGAAAUUACUCCUUAUAUGAUGAUGCUUGCCACCAUCCCGACCAUAGUUUGCGGUAGUAGUUUAACAAUCGUGUCCCUAAUUCUAGCUUAUCUUAAUGAUAUCGCUACCCCAGAAACAAGAGGAAUGAGAAACGCAGCGUAUGAAGUGAUAACAGUAUUUUGCAUCUGUUGCGCAAACCUGUUGAGCCCACCUCUAUUGUAUGCCACCAACUACUCCGUUAUUUAUGGUCUUUCGGCUGUUAUGGUACUCUUAGCCAUUGCUUAUAUCCAUCAAUUCCUACCAGAAUCGGUAGAUAUAAAAUGCGAAGAAAAAUCUAGUCUAUCAAAAAUUUUCACCUGUCAACAUUUGUCGAAUAUGUUUCUAGUGAUAGGUAAAAAGAGAUGCAGCAAUCAAAGAGCGAUCAUUGUGAUACUAUUGAUUGUAAUGCUCGUUGAUAAUUUAGUGAAAGCUGCAGAUUCCAAUAUAAAAACUUUAUAUCUGAGAAGGGAGUUGAUAUGGACUUUGACUGAUCAAAAUUCCUUUACUAGUUGGUCUAGCGUCGUUAGUAUUAUAUGUACACCCAGUAUCACUUUUCUAUUACAGAAACAGCUGAAAAUCAAAGAAAUAUAUCUUAUCCUAGUUGGUAUUAUUUCUAGCAUUGGAGUAGAUAUUCUGUACGCGACAGUCCAGAAUAAUUGGUUCAUUUAUGGUUCUGUCCCUGUUGGUAUCCUUGGAGGUCUGGUUAACCCAAUGCUCAGAACAAAACUAGUACACAUUAUAGGACCUGGUGAAAUGGGGAAAAUAUUUUCAUUAUAUUAUGUAAUCAUCAAUAUCCUUUCUCUGGCAUUCAGUAUGUUUUAUAGUUUUGUGUACAACCAAACAAUAGAUACAAACCCCGGAAUAUUCAAUUGGAUUUCGAUAGGUAUUCGUCUAAUUUGCGGAAUGAUGUUAAUAGUAGUUAUGGUUUUUGAUUGGAAUCAACCGCUUGAAACUAAGCAACCUGAUGCUACGACUGUGAAGGUUGGUUCAGAUCAAAGUGAAGCUUAUAAAUUAUAUUAACACACGUUAUUUAUUAUGAAUAAACAUGUAUAUAAAUUUGAUUAUUUAUUAAAAA